AUGAAGAAAACUCGAGCAAUUCGUGAGGGGACAGUUCGCAGGUGUUUACUUUUACGUCACUCCAAAGCUGCUAAUUCAUUCUCAAAUGAUAUUGUUUACAUUUUGACACAGAUUGUGAAUGAUAUUGUGAAAGAGAUAAUGUUGAGGAGUGCUUCCAAUGCUCAAGAAAAUUGUUCAGAGCGAGUAGAGUUGGAAAAUUUGUACAGAAUUUUGCCGCAGUCAUUUACUGAUUUCAAUUUGUGA